GCAAAGGUUAUAAAAGGGCCCGCGGGCCGGGAGAAUUGCCGCAGUGUUCCCGCGAGAUCGAAGAUGUUCAGUAGCACGGGUACCGGCACCGGCAGCAAGAAAAACCGGCCGUCUACCGGCUACCUGGCCCGGCCCAGGCUGGGGGCUCUUCGGUCGCUCUAUCCCAAUAGGCCGCUAUCGGCCUAUCCGCCAGACAAAAGGAAGAAACUAAAAAAAACUACAAUUCCAAAAAUGGACUUCCGUAGAAAGCCAGACUACGCUGACAACGCUUACCGCGAGGCAGUGGGACGUUUGAGGAUCCUUUUGGCAGAAAGUUACACCCCUAUAAAACGUCCCCUAAGAGAACUGGACAGUGCAGGGGAAGAGACCGAUAACCAGUCGCUAGUAAGCGUGGGCAGCAGAACUUCGCGAGCCAUGAUAAGGCCGUACUACCAUUACACUUCAAUGACACCCAGAAGAUAUCCAUAUUAUCCCACUUCCACCAAGUUCUCUUUGAACGUCAAUGAUGCAGAUAAAACCACCACGUUGGAAACACCCAAGUUUGAGAACACCUCAGCUCCUCCAGAAUUGAUGUCUUUCAUAGAAAGGCAGGAAGAUUAUAUUGAGCAGCUUGAGAAAGAAUCAAGAUUUUGCCGGGAAGAGUUGUCUUCCCUAUUGAGUAAAGUUAAAGAUGUCAUUAGCGAGAACGAGAACUUGCACGAAAAGCAAAAAUCUAAACUUAUCAAGUCGGUUUUCGAUCAUUUGGAGACAGAAACGGAAACCGAAACCGAAUCAGAACUGCACAAAACCUUGAAAUCUCCAAGGAAGUCCAAGAAAACAAGGAUAAUGGAAGGGCCAGCAAUUGUUUUUGAGUCCAGAAUCUCGGAACUAGAAGCCCAGCUUACACAAGCAAAAAUAGACUUGAAAAAAGCGCAGGAAGAAAACGAUAACUAUAAACGAAAAAUUAACGAUGGUUCCGUCCUAGACGGCAUCGGUUUUGAGAGCUACAAGAAACAAUUGGACAACAUACAAAGAGAAAAAGAAGUUCUCCAGGACACGGUGCAUAAGCUACAGAACGCUUUGGCAAAACUGCGGGAUAAAGAAAACGAUACUUGUGACCAAGUAAAGAGAAGCUUAGACGUUGCUGAGCAGGCGCAGUACGAGAAAAACUCCGCGGAGUUGGAAAUAAGGAGAUUGAAGGACGAAUUGGAUAGGCAACAUGUUAAAUUGAGAGAUGCUAUAGCCGAACAAGGAAGACGCAUUGCCGAUGAGAGAAACGCAGUAGAAAGAAGAUACACUCAACAAAUAGAACAGCUGACCGCCGAAUUGGGAGUGCAAUGGGAGUCAUCCAACAAAUUACAACUGGAACUUGACAAACAACGCAGAGAAAAUGGCGAUUUGAGACGAGAAGUGGCCCAAAAACAAGCCCUCAUAGACGAAUUAAAAAAGGACAUGCAAAACAAAAUAAUUAAUCUUCAAUCGGAUAUCGGUGUGAGUGGGGCGGAAAAAAGCGCUUUGGAGCAACAGAUUUCCACACUAAACUUGGCGAAUGAAAGAAACGAAAGGCAGGCCAAACAGGAGGCGGUCCGUUUGCAAGCCGAAAUACAGUCGUUUAGGCAAAGAUUGGACAGGGCGGAUGCUGAUUUAAUACACAGCAGAAGGGAGAAUAUUCGCUUGUCUGAACAGGUUGCUUCAUUGGAAAAAGAGAUAAAUAUGAAUGCUGCAAUGGCCGAUGAACGAAGUAAAACUCCUCGAAGUGGUGAAAUAGUAGCAUUACCACCUCCCAAAGAAGAUCGCGAAAAAGAGCUGACAUCCCUUAUACACGAUAUGGAAAACAAACAUGCGGCCACUGUUACGGAAUUAGAGGGCAUGGUGAACUCCCAAAAUCAACUCAUGGAUAAACUUUCGACAGAGUGUCACGCUCUUACAAUUAAACUAGAAGAUGCCAGCGCCAGACAUAAGGAGGAAAUACGGGAACUACAAACUAGCCUAGAUCGUUUAAACAAUAGAUUUACCCAAUCACAGUUCCCAGCGUCUAAUUUUAAAGAUGACAACUACGAUAAGAAAUACGCACCGUCCCCGCAACCAAUUCGCCCUUCAGGCCAAAUCAACCAAGAACCAGUAAAACCUAUAAAACAAUUAAGUCGCACGAAUAGCAACGCUUCAGUGAAACCGGCAAACGAACCAAUUUUGUCGAGAAAAAACAGCAGGGAACAAAACCUGCCACCGUCGAUUCAGCAACCCGAACAAGAACCCGCCAAUGAAACCCCUGCUGAACAAACAACCCCUGAAACACAGCAGCAGCACGAUCCGAAUGCGCAGUAUUCCGGACAAGAGUAUUCCGAUCAAAAUUACGACCCGAAUCAGCAGUACGACCCGAAUCAGCAGUAUGAUCCCAAUCUGCAGUACGAUCCCAACCAACAGUAUGAUGCUAAUCAGCACUAUGACCCCAACCAAGAGUAUGAUCCGAAUCAACAGUAUGAUCCGAAUCAACAGUAUGAUCCCAAUCAGCAGUAUGAUCCUAAUCAGCACUACGACCCCAAUCAAGAGUAUGAUCCAAAUCAGCAGUAUCCUCAGGAAUACGCCGGCGAUCCCAAUCAAACUUAUCCAGAGGAUCCGCAGAAUCCAGAGAAAUUUGAUGAUCAAAAGGAGACUGAGAGUACCGAGAAAUAAUCAAUGGUUGGGUUAGGAAAUAUUGUUGAUUUUUAAAUAAAUUUCUUGUUAGGGCUUGUUGAAGUUAUUUAUAAUUGAACUGACGUGCAAUAUUAUCUAAAUUUAAAAUUUAUGUAUAACCGUGUU